AAUAGCGCCUGCGAGGUGUGUGUGUUGGGGACAGACCCACUGAGAGAAGCAUUCCUGGUCGACGGACAGUCACUGGGUGAGCCGACUGCACGGUCGGAGCCCCAGUGUCUCUGGACGGGAAGCUUUAAACAGCAGCUUCGUGUGGCGUUCGUGUCCUCAGCCUUUGCUGCUGGGCAUUUCAGGGACUUGAAGUCGGACGGAGGGAGACAGUCAGCAGGUGCCGUGAGCCUGAAAGAGGUCAUUGGCCUGGAAGGCGUGGAGCUGGGCGCUGACGGGAAGACGGUGUCGUACACCCAGUUCCUGUGGCCCACAAACGCCUUGGGAGCCCGGAGGGGCACCAUCGACUCCACCUCCUCCUUCUCCCACUUCCGCACCCUGAGCCACCGCAGCCUCUCCAUAGGGCGGGCCAGCAGCACCCAGGGGAGCCUCGACACAGGCAGCGACCUGGGAGACUUUGUGGACUACGACCCGAACCUCCUGGACGACCCCCAGUGGCCUUGUGGGAAGCACAAGCGGGUCCUCAUCUUCCCUUCGUACAUGACCACAGUGAUCGCCUACGUGAAGCCCUCGGACCUCAAGAAGGACAUGAACGAGACCUUCAGGGAGAAGUUCCCUCACAUCAAGUUAACGCUCAGCAAAAUCAGGAGCCUGAAGCGCGAGAUGCGGAAGCUGGCGCAGGAGGACUGCGGCUUCGAGGAGCCCACGGUGGCCAUGGCCUUCGUCUACUUCGAGAAGCUCGCCCUCAAGGGGAAGCUGAACAAGCAGAACCGGAAGCUCUGUGCGGGGGCCUGUGUGCUGCUGGCGGCCAAGAUCGGCAGUGACCUCAGGAAGCACGAGGUCAAGCACCUGAUUGAUGUGAGUGGCCGUGGCCGUGGCCGUCUGCACCGCCCCACCCAGUGUCACUGUCUCAGCCAUGGAGCCACGGAAAUGCCACGGGGUCUCCUGGGCGGUCACCCCAGGGCGUCCAUCACACACACGGGUCACUGGCCUCGGCCUCCGGUGGCCUCGGUGGCCUCCUCUUCGGGGGAGGGUUAGGGUUUCUCCUCUCUCUCAAAGGAGACGCCCUUGGCGUAAGGAAACGCUCGUCUCCUUAGGGGAGUACAUGAGUCCUGCUUCACAGCACUGAGUUCACGGAGAACGUGGGGGAAGCCAGCAGGGAGGGGGCAGCUGCCACCGAAGAGAGAGUGUGUCACCGUUCCUACGAGGAGGAGCGUGCUAGCUCAGGCUGACAAAGACAGCGCCCCAAAAACCACAGGCAGUCCACACACAACACAGCAAGUACCCACACGCCACAC